CGGAUCUGGCACGUGUGCCUGAUGUGCCUCCCUAGUGCUUCUUCAGCUUCGACUCGUCCGACUUGUCUUCUGCCUCUACGCACCCUCCGUGCACCCGCUGUGCCCGCUCCUCGUCUCUAGGAAUGCAAAGAUGUCCGAAUGAUCGGAGAAAGGAAGCCGAAAAUACGCGUCUGAAUCAAUAUUGGAUACCGCCGGGCGUCGAGAUUGGCGGCUACUAGACUCGAAGAUUGGCCUCACUGACCCAUUGAAGCUUCCCACUGGAUUGCCACCCCGAUGCCGGCUCUCUACCUCUGAGUUCUGGGUGACAGGGCGAUUUUAGGACUGCGGGACUCGACUGUUAGGAACGCACCCCUACUCGAGGACUGAGGAUUACAUGGCUCAACACACUCUCGAACCCAUGGAGACUACGCAGCCAUCAAAGAAUACAUUCCAUCCAUGAACAUGUACUAUACGUCCCCACCUCAAGACAGUCCAGAGAUGGGAACAUGCUUUUGGAGAAACUUGACCUGAGCGGAUAGGGAUUCCUCAUAAUGAGACAGGCCAUGGUACACAUCAAAGUGCCC